UGAUCAGCAGGAUGGCACUUGCACCACAGAAUGUACAGACUUAAUGCCUGGAUCUGCUGUGAAUCAGAAGCUACAUCUGGAAAGUAGCAAUACAAAUCUGACUCUCCAGGGAUGCGCACAGCGAUGAAAGCAGGCUUGGAUGACAAAAUGACAGAUACUGACAACUUGGAGAGAAUAUUACCAGAAUGGGAGAAAAACUUAAAGGAUAUAAAAAUACCUGCUUGUUUUAACAAGAUGCCCCAAGAGACUGGGAAGACUUUCCCCCACUCCAAACAAAUUGGGAAUUACCUAGUAGGCAAAAUGAUCAACAAGGGCUCCUUUGCCAAGGUGAUGGAGGGGCUGCACAUCCCCACAGGGGAGAAGGUAGCCAUUAAAGUCAUUGACAAGAGAAAAGCCAAGCAGGAUUCUUACGUUUUAAAGAACAUGAAGCGUGAGCCACGGAUACAUGAGAUGAUCAAGCACCCCAAUGUUGUUCGGCUAUAUGAGACCUUGGAGACUGACAACUCCUAUUACAUGGUGAUGGAGCUGUGCCUUGGUGGGGACCUCCUGGACAAAAUUUGUGACAAAAAGAGGCUGGCAGAAAGGGAAGUAAGAAGGUACACCAGGCAAAUUCUGUCUGCAGUAGAGCACCUGCAUUGCCAGGGGAUUGUUCACAGGGACCUAAAAAUUGAAAAUUUUCUUCUUGAUGAGAACAACAACAUCAAAAUCAUUGAUUUUGGUCUGAGCAAUACCAUGAAGUUUGAUGGUCUCUCCCAGGAGCUGUUACAUACUCAGUGUGGAAGUCCAGCUUAUGCUGCCCCAGAACUCCUUGCUCAUAGAAAAUAUGGUCCAAAGGUGGAUGUCUGGUCCAUAGGUGUAAGCAUGUUUGCUAUGCUAACUGGCACGUUACCUUUCACGGUGGAACCUUUUAAUAUCAAGCAACUACACCAAAAGAUGUUAAUUGGAGAAAUCAGCCCUAUUCCAUCAGAUAUCUCCCCUGGAGCUGUACACUUCAUGCAGUCCUUACUUGAGCCUGACCCCGCUAAGAGGCCUGGAGUCACAGAAGCAAUAAAAGACAAAUGGCUGAACGAGGGCUUCACCAGGAAAAUACUGAAUGCUGCUACCUAUGAGAACAGACGUUGCCCCCAUGAAUUGAAUCCUGUUGUUUUAAACUACAUGACAGAAAUGAUGGAGUUCAGUCUUUCAGAAGUUAUCAACAUUUUAAUAAAGAAUAGACCCUCUCCUGCCAUGGCUUCUUAUUGCUUAUUGCUGAAGAAACUGCUCAGGUACCAGAAAGACCGCAAAAGAGCCCAGAGGGAAAAUGAAGUAGAAAAACACAGUAUUAACCCUGAUAAACAUUUGAAUAAGGAGUCAGAAAUUCAGAUUUCCCAGAAGGCUGAAAUGGGCACUCUGGAAGACCUCAGGAAUUACGGCAAUAGGGCUUUUCCUUCUGUACUAACCCUGGCAGUGCCAGAUGAUAUUCAGGAAGAUGAGAUCGCAAUUACAUUGGAAAACCAAGAAAACUUGCCAGAAGGCAGAGAGUUGGUCCACCUUGGACCUCCUAAGUCAUCAAGCAAAAGUAUGCCAUGUGAGCCCAUGUAUCUGCCACUUUUGGACUUCCAGGAGAAUCUGAAUAAUUUUGAAGACUUGACUGAAGCUGGAAAACCAUGUCUUCAUGAGAAAUCACAUUCCACACCAAAAAAUAACCAACCUCCCUCUUCAAAAGCCCAAGCAAUAACAUGUACAAGCAAAGCACCUCCCCCAUCCCUAUUGGAAAACAGGAUUAUUACCAGGAGUCCUUUGCCUCAUCAGGACAUGAGGUUUAAAGCCUUUCUGAAGGCAGUAGAUGACAAUAUUUACAUACCAACACAGUGGCACCUUGAUAAAGAGGUCUCUGACCUCCUCGUGAUUGACUCUCCCCAGAUGUCGCCUUUCCCCAGGCUGCGACAAGCUGCCCCGAGAGAAACGCUAGCUAGAAAGAUAUCCUGGCUGGGGACAUCACAGCAACAUACAAAUAUAUGCCCUCUAGUUUUAGUCGAUGGUUCAAAACCACCAGCCUUCCCCAUGUCCCAGCAGCAAACUAUUACCAUAAGAAGUAUGAGGCAGUCUAAAGAAAACCCAACUCAUUUUCUCAACAAGAAAACUAAGAAAAACUUUAUCCAACUCAGACACACACCUAAACCCACAGAUUUAAAUCUUCCAGUUUUAUCUCCACCGUACCAAACUAGGUUGGGGGAAAAAGCAGAGAUUCUAAAGUUAAACUUUGCAUAA